AUCAAAUCUCUAUACCACCACCCGAUGCACCAGCCUGGUUUAUCUCCGAUGAAUAUAUCACCGAAAAUAAUGAAAACGAUCCCUCCCUGUCACUGGGACAAGCAACAAUCCAUCCAAAAAAUAUAGAACAAGAAACAAGGGCAAAAAAACCAACUAAUUCUGAAUUUGGUAAAAAAAAAGUUGCUCAACCAGCCACCUUUGAUAUGAUCAAUACCGGUGGGACAAGUAAGGAGCUG